UGGGAAAGCAAGUAUCAAGAAAGAAGUAGGGACAGCAGCGGAAAAUCAUGGCGGAAAAUGCAGAAAAACCCAAACCACAGUAUAGGUGUCCAGACAAUUCGGCCUUCAAGCAGCAGCGGCUGCCUGCCUGGUCGCCCUCUCUCACAGCAGAGACAGUCCUUCCUUUCUUCUACAUUUUGGGAGUCGCAUGUGUGCUGCUGGGGGUCCUUCUUCAAGUCACCAUGCAGAACACACAGGAGAUCAAGGUGGACUACACCAAUGCGGAGUCAUGCGACAUGUGCUUUGAGACACGUAAAUACAAAGCGAAUGCCAGCCGGCACUGCGCCUGCUCAGUUACGUUUUCGCUGAAGGAAAGACUUGAGGGCGACGUGUUUUUCUACUAUGGCUUGGUGAAUUUCCAUCAGAACCUCCGCCGGUAUAUGGACUCCAGAGAUGAUGCCCAACUGCUUGGCCGAAUCAAAAAACUCAAGAAUCCGAGUGUCUAUUGUGGACCAAACUUCCAAUAUGCCAAUGGUACUCCCAUCGCACCUUGUGGUGCCAUCGCAAACAGUAUGUUCAAUGAUUCCUUCGCUCUGUUUUUUCACCCCCCGGUUGGCGCACCAUUGAGGGUUCCUCUGUUCCGGAAGGGCAUUGCAUGGUACACGGACAAAAACAUCAAGUUCCACAAUCCAUACGUUCCCAAUGAAUCUCUCCCUCAAGUCUUUCAAGGUACAGCCAAGCCUUUCUACUGGCAGAAGCCAGUGUAUGAGCUGGACCCCAACGACUCGACCAACAACGGCUUCAUCAAUGAAGAUCUAAUUGUUUGGAUGAGAGAGGCUGCCUUUCCCAAUUUCAAGAAGCUUUAUGGGAUCCUCGAUCGGCAGUCAAGCAAAAUGUUUGAACAGGGCCUUCCUGUGGGAAACUAUAGUGUGUCCAUCUCAUACAAUUUCCCUGUGCAGUACUUUAGGGGAAGGAAGCAAGUGGUCCUGUCCACAGUGAGCUGGUUUGGGGGCCGGAACCAGUUCCUGCCCAUUGCAUACCUGGUCACUGGAUGCGCGACCCUGCUGGUUGCUGUGGUCCUUACUGUUGUCUAUAUAAAGUUUGGCAAGAAAGGCUUGAAGAUGGAAGAUUGACCAGAAAGCCCAAGAUGUCAACAAACUACAAUAAUGUAAAUCAAUUCAUCGAAAAAUAUGUCAAUUCUGGGGGUUUGUAUGUUUAUUUAAUAUUUAUAGCUAGUAUUUUUACAGACUGGAAUAGUCGUAGUUAAAUGGGCCUAUGAAAUACACCGGAUUUAUUUCUGAUACGUUUUUACUUAUAACUCUAUAAUGUGGUAAAUGAUUUGUUUGUAAAGAACUUACAUGUAUGUUGCAUUUUCUAUGCAUGCUCAAGUGUAGCCUCUCACUCUGCCCUGCCGCCCUGAUCAAUCAAUCUACAGCUCAGCUGCUAGUGUCCAGACUUCAAAAAUUUCAAUAAAAACAUAGUGACAUAAAAAACAGCAGAAAAUUUUAGCAAUGUGUAACUAUUUUAACUAUUUAAGAACCUUAUUCAGAUAUAAAGCCACUUAAAUAAAACAUGUCUGCAUUUCAAUAUGGCCGCUAAGGGAACUGUGCACUUCCUGUUCGUUUACAUGCAUAACAUGACACUCAGCACACAAGGUAUGCUGAUCUUGCCAUUUCUCUCUUUGUUAAGGGCACAAUGACUGAUAUUUGGAAUGGGCCUUUAGUCCAAAAACAAGGUGAAAUGGUCAAAAACAGAAAGAAUUAUUCCUCUAAAUAUGGGGUCUGUGAUAUCAGUUUUCACCUGUUGAUUGUAGCACCUACACUGCACCUGCACUGCACCUACACUGCACCUACGCACAAUGCACAGCGUUCAUUAUGUACAGAGAUGGGCAGAAAUACAUCAAAAAGUAUCAUGGUACAAAUUACCAAUACUUGCUCUUUAAAUGUGACAAAACAAAAUACCAAAUAGUGGCGUGAGAAAAUGUAUUUCAUUAAAAUACAAGUAAUUUGUAAUUUGAAAAUGCAGAAGGAGGCACACCAACAGUUUCUUAAAUUAAUUAUCACGAUCUGUGAAUUUCCUGCUUUGUCUUACAGUAGAAUAUGCACAAACGUAAAGAAUACUGUUCAGAGUAAAGAAGCAGCUUCUUUUCUUGCUUCCUGGUGAUGGAAAAACAAAGUUCACAACUAGCAAGCUGGGCCCAACAGGAUGUGUCACAUGAUUUACUUACAUUUAGCCAAAGACAGUGAUUGGCCAUAUUAAAAAGUCUGUAAGCCUGUUGAUGAUGGUUCAUAAAA